AUGGAGAAAAAGGAGGUGCCUUCUUCUCAUGGAAUCAUAGGCCUGCUCCUCUGUACAGAUACUCAACCCUUCUUGGCCUGGAAGAUGUCCCGAGAACAGCUGGUCGUACAGCGGGCCAGACAGUCCUUCCAGACGGGGAAAACCAAGCCGCUGGAGUACAGGAUCCUACAGCUGAAGAGACUUCAGGUCUUCCUCCGGGAGCGACGAAAGGAAUUGGCCGAUUCCCUGAAGAAAGAUCUCAAUAAGAGCGAAUGUGGGGCCGAGCUGUUCGAAAUUGUGGUCGUAGAGGCAGAAAUCAAGCUGGCAAUAGAGAGCGUUGCGGAGUGGUCGGCUCCCCGGCCAGUACACAAGAGCUUGGUCACCAUUUCGGACGAGGUCUACGUCAAGCCCGAGCCCCUGGGAGUGGUGCUCAUCAUUGGGCCGUGGAACUACCCCCUGGCCCUGGUUCUGCUGCCGCUGGUCGGAGCCAUCGCUGCAGGCAAUGCAGCUGUAAUGAAACCAUCCGACCUCAGCACUAACACCUCUAACCUCUUGAAGGAACUCCUCCAUCACUACAUAGAUGAAGAUGCGUACCCGGUGGUGACGGGUGGCGUGCCGGAGACUCAGGAGCUCCUGAAGCAGAGAUUUGAUCACGUUUUCUACACGGGCAGCACCACGGUGGGCAAAAUAGUCAUGGAGGCUGCAGCUCAACACCUCACUCCAGUGACUUUAGAACUGGGAGGGAAGAGCCCCUGCUACAUCGACAAAAACUGUGACAUUGCCAUCGCCUGCCGGCGCAUCACCUGGGGAAAGUUUAUUAACUGCGGGCAGACGUGCAUAGCUCCAGACUACAUUCUGUGUGAGCCAUCCAUUCAGAACAGAGUACUGGAGGAGAUCAAAAAGUCUGUCAAGGAGUUUUACACAGAUAAUCCAAAGACCUCUGAGGACUAUGGAUGUAUCAUCAACCACCGGCAGUUUAGAAGAAUUAUGGGUCUGAUGGAAGGGACUACGAUUGCUUUCGGAGGAGAUGCUGAUGAAUCCCGGUGCUACAUAGCUCCCACUGUGCUGAAGAACGUGACGGGUGAAUCUAAAAUCAUGAAAGAGGAGAUCUUCGGACCACUCCUGCCUAUCCUCACAGUGAGCGGUGUGGAUGAGGCCAUUCAGUUCAUCAACAGAGGAGAGAAGCCGCUGGUUGUCUAUGUCUUCUCCCAUGACAACAAGAGUUCCCUUCCCUUUGGAGGUGUCGGCCACAGCGGCAUGGGUCACUACCGGGGCCGCCACAGCUUCGACCAGCUCAGCCACCUCCGCAGCUGCCUGAUCAAGCAGCUGAGCAUGGAGGCGCUCAACGGCGUCCGCUACCCGCCGCACACCGCCAAGAAGCUGGGCUGGGUUCGAUUCUUUCUCCUCGGGCAGAUCAACCUGUUGUGGAUGCGUCGCCUGGUGAUAACGGCGGCGCUGGCCGGCUUGGCGGCGUUUGUGGUGCAGAGCAGCGUGAAUGGUGCACAAUGCACAAAGAGAGGUUGGCUGGUCAGCCGGAGAGCCCUGCGCGCCUGGGGUCAUUUGAGCCGCUUUGAGAUCAGCUGGGCGACGGAAUAUUCAUCUUGUUUUCUGCUGGCGGUGUUGGAUGUGGCUUUUACCUGGGCUUCCCUGGACUGCGGUGGCUGGAUGGAGAGGCAGGCGGUGCAUCGGGCCAGAGAGGCCUACCUCAGCGGCCGGGCCCGGCCUCUGGAGUUCAGGCUGCAGCAGCUCCAGGAGCUGCAGAGGAUGAUCACCGAGAAAGAGACCGAGAUCUCCACGGCCCUCAAGCAGGACAUCAACAGAAGUCAGUACGACACGCCGCUCCUGGAGCUGAUCGGCAUUGAGAAUGAGAUCAAGCUGGCCAUAGACAAGCUCAAAGACUGGGCGGCUCCUCGACCGGUGGAGAGGAACCUCCUGACGAUAUCGGACGAGGUUUAUAUUCAGCCGGAGCCCCUGGGAGUGGUGCUCAUCAUAGGGGCCUGGAACUACCCCUGGGCCCUCACCCUGCUCCCGUUGGUUGGAGCUAUCGCAGCAGGCAAUGCAGCUGUGGUGAAACCCUCGGAGCUCAGCGAGUAUUCGGCCCUCCUGCUCCGCGCGCUGCUGCCUCGCUAUCUAGACAAGGAUCUGUACCCAGUUGUGACGGGGGGAGCGUCAGAGACACAGGAGCUGCUGAGGCUUAGGUUUGACCACGUGUUCUACACGGGAAGUGGCAAAGUAGGGAAGCAGGUGAUGGAAGCGGCCGCUCGCCACCUAACCCCAGUGACUCUGGAACUGGGAGGAAAGAGUCCGUGCUACAUUGACAAGAACUGCGACAUCAGGAUCGCCUGCCGGAAUUCUACGGCGCUGACCCAAAGUGCUCAGCUGACUACGGCCGAAUCAUCAACCAGCGGCAUUUUAACCGAAUCAUGAGUCUGAUGGAGGGUUACACUCCUGUGGUGGGGGGACAAAGUGACUCCUCACAGUGCUACAUUGCCCCGACAGUGCUGAAGGAUGUGCCCCCCCAUUCCAGGCUGAUGCAGGAGGAGAUCUUUGGCCCUCUGCUACCCAUAGUAACAGUGAGCGAUAUGGACGAUGCCAUACACUUCAUCAGUGAGAGGGAGAAGCCCUUGGCUCUCUACAUUUUCUGCUCCGACAAGAAGGCAAUAAAAAGGAUGAUUGAGGAAACCACGAGUGGAGGAGUUACGGUCAAUGAUGUCAUGAUGCACUACACACUCAGCUCUCUCCCGUUUGGUGGCGUUGGUCACAGUGGCAUGGGCCGCUAUCACGGCAAACAUACCUUUGACCAGCUGAGCCACCAGAGAGCGUGCCUGGUGCGCUCACUGACCAUGGAGAGUGUUAAUCGCGCGCGCUAUCCCCCUCAGGACCGCCGGCGGGCGCGCAGCGUGCGGAUGGCCUUCAAGGCCCCUCUGAUCGACACGUCCAAAAGGACACUGGUCUGGGCUGUGGUGGCCACCGUCCUCGGCCUGGGCCUUUUCGUGACCUUGCUGGUCAUCCUGCUCAUUGCAGCAGGCCUGAACUGUACCUGCUGGUACUGGAGAGGCUUUUAUAACUAGACACACCACCGUUCGUAGCCUGUG